UGACGAUAAAACAUUGGUCCAAUUAUUUAGUACACUUAUUCGUUGCCUUCACCCAAUUGACAAAAAAUGGUUGGAGAAUGAAUAUUCGAUUCAAGUGGACAAAUUUCAUACAUCAAAAGUGUACUUUAAAUAUCACACUUUCAUUAAAGACUUUGAAUUAAACCCAUUACAAAGAGCGAUGAGACUUUGGGCUACAGGGCAUUUGGCCGGUAAAAAAGGAAAGAACGAUCAAAUCUAUGAUUCAUCAACAAAGAGAAGAAUCAUUAGAAAAAAAGUUAAUAAGAUUAACCAUCACAUUGGAAAUCUCCUUUUCAACAAAGGAGGUCAAUACGGUUCUCUUAAUAUUUACUAUAAUGAUUUAUUAAGUGGACCAAGGUCCUUGCUUGAUAUCUGUGCGAUUAAAAAUUACAAACAAAGUUUGGUUGACGUCAACAAGUUAUCAUUAGGACUAUUCAAUAAAAACAGCAUGAAUUUAAUUCCGAUUAUUACGUAUAAUUUCCAAGGGCUUCAAAAUGCUCUAUCAAAAAAUAAUAUUCAACAUUUACAAAUCUUAAUCAACACACAAAAAGAUCAUUCCGUAUUAACUGGAGAUUUAAUUGAUUUCAUUCAAUCUCAAGGUCAAUUAAAAUCUUUAUCAACUAACGUUUUUUGGAAGGCCGAUGCAACAAAAUCAUUUCUCGACGCCCUAAAAAUGCAUUCAACAUCUUUAACUUUUCUCAGGAUAGAAGAUGAAGAUAUUUCAAAUUCGUCCAAUCAACUAUUCUUAUCCGUAUUAAAUUUAUUACCAAAUUUAGUUACACUUGAACUUCCUAUGAUUUCUGAUGAAAAUUAUUCACCAAAUCUUUCGGAUCCCUCUUGA